GUCUUUGUGCCUAUGAGAGCAGAAUAUUGUGUGUUGGCGAGCUAAGCUGCGCUGUAGUAACAACACCCAAACCUAUCUCCUUAUUUCUGAGCCCUGUCUGCAGCUUCAUCCCGUUUCCUGCUUCCUCUGUGCAAUGGAUGGUGGGGAUCUGAGGAGCCUCUUUCUGCUGGUUUCACGUGUGGCCCUUCUACCAUGAGCAAUUCCACUCCAUCUACAGCUAAUGGCAACGACAGCACAAAGUUUAAAGGAGACCGUUCUCCCUGUGGCCCCUCCCGCGUCCUGCACAUCCGCAAGAUUCCAAUCGAGGUCUCUGAGGCAGAAGUCGUCUCACUAGCGGUCCCAUUCGGCAAAGUCACCAACCUGUUAAUGCUCAAAGGGAAGAACCAGGCUUUUAUCGAAAUGGCUUCCGAGGAAGCAGCAAUCACGAUGGUCAACUACUACACCACUGCCACUCCCCACCUCCGCAACCAGCCUGUCUUCAUCCAGUACUCCAACCACCGAGAGCUCAAGACCGAUAACCUGCCCAACCAGGGGAGAGCUCAGGCGGCACUGCAGGCAGUGAACGCAAUGCAUUCUGGGAACAUGACCCUGUCUGGCUCGGCGGCUGGCGGCGAAGGAGGGCUGAUGCCAGGACAGAGCCCCGUUCUGCGCAUCAUCGUGGAAAACCUUUUCUACCCCGUCUCCCUGGAGGUGCUGCAUCAGAUCUUCUCCAAGUUUGGGACCGUGCUGAAGAUCAUCACUUUUACCAAGAAUAACCAGUUCCAGGCCUUGUUACAGUAUGCUGAUCCUCUGAAUGCUCACCAUGCCAAAGUGACUUUGGACGGCCAGAACAUCUACAACGCCUGCUGCACCCUGCGUGUGGAGUUCUCCAAGCUGACCAGCCUGAAUGUGAAGUACAACAACGAUAAGAGCAGGGACUUUACCCGCCUGGACCUGCCCUCAGGCGACGGGCAGCCCACCCUGGACCCCGCCAUGACCACUGCCUUCGGAGCCCCUGGGAUCAUCUCCUCUCCCUAUGCUGGAGCUGCAGGUUUCGCUCCCGCAAUUGGCUUCCCCCAAGCAGGUCUCUCCAUGCAGGCCCUUCCCGGAGCUCUGGGACCUCUGUCACUCCCCACAGCGGCUGUUGGGGGCAGGAUGGCCAUCCACGGCAUGGCCCCUACCACCGUGCACUCUGUGCUCCUGGUGUCCAACCUCAACCCUGAGAGUAUAUCACCUCACGGCCUCUUCAUCCUGUUUGGGGUCUACGGGGAUGUUCACAGAGUAAAAAUUCUGUUCAACAAGAAAGAAAAUGCCUUAAUACAGAUGGCAGAUGCAACACAGGCACAACUGGCCAUGAGCCACCUGAACGGGCAGAGGCUUCAUGGGAAGGUAAUCAGAGUGACCGUCUCCAAGCACCAGACCGUGCAGCUGCCCCGGGAGGGCCAGGAGGACCAGGGCCUCACCAAGGACUUCAGCGGCAGCCCCCUGCACCGCUUCAAGAAGCCCGGCUCCAAGAACUUCCAGAACAUCUUCCCCCCGUCUGCCACCCUGCACCUCUCCAACAUCCCGCCUUCAAUCACUGAUGACAUUCUAAAGGACUUAUUUUCUUCCACUGGAUACACAGUGAAGGCCUUCAAAUUUUUCCAGAAGGAUCGCAAGAUGGCGCUGAUCCAGCUGGGCUCUGUGGAGGAGGCCAUCCAGGCCCUGAUCGACCUCCACAACCACGACCUGGGGGAGAACCACCACCUGCGCGUCUCUUUCUCCAAAUCCACCAUCUAACAGCCACCCACCGCCCCUGCCCGUUCCCCUGCACGCACAACCCCCCCGCCCCCCCCCCCCACAUCCCCACCACUCAAUUUACCCUUUUCUAUCACCGCCUACAAAGACGUAACUAUGAUUUUACUAUGGAUAAUCUCAACUGGGUUAGUUAGAAUAAGAGAUUGAUUUUAAAAACUACUCUAUGCCUUCAGACAGAGACUGAGGUUUUGUAAAGACCAGUCCUGGAUGCACUGGGGAGGAUGUCGGUACACUUCGGUGAUUUGCUUCAUUGAUGCCACCCCUCAGGGGGGGGCGUCUGACAGUGAGACAGUUUGGGCUCCCAGGGCUCCACCGGAGCUUCUCGUGCUCGAGCAUCUGAACCCAGCUCUGGCUCGGGAUAAGUAGCAAAUGCCUGCAGAGCUCCAGGCAAGGUGCCCAACACAUCCUCCUAAUGCCUGGAAGUGCUUCACAGGAAGUAAAAAAAUGCUGCAUCUGCAAAGCCAGCCAUUUGAGAAGUGUCUGCAAAUGGGACUCCAGCAGUCAUAAGGCCUUGUUACAGCUGAACUGAACUGGGGGACCCUUCAGGAAGAUCCCUUUUAUGGACUCCCAAGUGCCGCACUGGUCCGGAGAAGGGAAUUGUGGGUAGAGUAGGCUGCUGUGCCCAGGGAGGGCUUCAUGGCAAGAGAGAUUCACACCGUGCAUAAGGGAAACCCUGUAGCCACGGCCCCACCAAUGGGUUAUCUCCUUUUAGUUUUCUGUAGCAGUAUGUUUGAGUGAUGAUGACCUGGUUUUGGGUCUCAAUGUAAAUGUGCACAGUGGUUUUGUUACUGUACAAAAUGCAUUUGCACCAGACAAAGCCAGCCUUGACUUUUUCACAUUUUUAUUUAAGAAAAAAAAAAAUUCUGUGAAGGGGUUGUGAAGACUGUUCGAAGACCUUCAGACGAAAGUGAAUUAUGUGCAAACAGGCAGACUGGUGGUUUGCUGUUAAUCGGCGGUUUGAGCUAAGCCCAUCUGCUACAUGCAGCCCUGCCCAGAUAAGCCUCCUCUCCAGCUCAAACACACGGGACGUGUGCAUUUCAGAGCCGCGGCGGACUGCAGGUCCAGCAGUACCCCAGGCGCUGGGCUGUUCUGCAGGAUGAGGGGUGAACGGACUGGAAGCCCCCAUCUCUGGAGCUCACCGAUAGAACCGGUGUGGAGUCAUGAAUGUGAAAACUGUGUUUUGUCGCUCAUCCCCCCCCUCCAAAAAAAGGUUUAUAGAUGGACCGUUGUCUUUCCCGAGCCCCACCCUGCAUUUAAUUGAUUUGCCCAGUGAGUCUCCUGCAUGCCUUCUUUGUUGUUUUUGUGGUGUUCGUUUUUGGUCUUUCAGCCUUGCCUCCGCUCCCUCUCGGCCCUCACUGCUCGUCAUGCUCCGCACUCAGGUUGGGGGGAUCUCCACCGAUGACACGGCGCACCUCUGAUCAAACCAAAAACACAGUCUGUAAUGCCCCUCCUGCGCAGUGAGGAGCGCAACUUGGGAGGCAGUUGGGAGCACGGACUACACCGCUCUCGCUGAAAGAGAGGUCAGGGUCAGAGCUGAAAGAGCAGUCCGGGUCAGAGCUGAAAGAGCAGUCCGGGUCAGAGCUGAAAGAGCAGUCCGGGUCAGAGCUGAAAGAGCGGUCCGGGUCAGAGCUGAAAGAGCAGACAGGGUCAGAGCUGAAAGAGCGUUCGGGCGAUGCCUCCCUCUUACACGCAGAAGGCUGUGCCGGGUUGCCAGGUUUAGCCUUAACAUUCCAGGGAGGGCCAGGGUGGGCGUUGCUACGUAGCAUAAAACACAGGGUGGGCGUUGCUGCACGCAUUGAACCUGGUCCCAGUUUGAGGGGAAAAAACAGAUUUUUACCACAGCGAGGGGCAGCGAUUCUUCUGAACUAAAACUUCACCUGAAGCGAUACGACAGCAGACACGUGUUCAAAGAAAUCUAUAUAAUUUCUUGUUUGUUUUGAAAGUUUACAGUCUUAAAUAAAACAAAACUAUUCAGGUCUAUAUAUCUUAAGGAUUGUCAAGAUUUUUUGAGAAAAAAAAGAAAGUUACUUAUUUUUGGUAAUUUGUUCUUUUUUAUGGAUGAGAAAAAAACCGGAAACCUCAUGGGUUUUUGUACCACUAUAAUUAUUCAAGAAAAUCACGGAGAGAAAAAAAAAUCAUAUUUACUGUGUAUUUACUUAAUUUCUUAUUACGUGCCUUAUUAUGUGCUCAUAAUCAAAUAGGUUUUAGAAAUUUUACCGAAGAUAUCUUACGUACUAUUUUGUGGGGUUGGUGAGAGGGUUGAUUUCUUUUAUCUUAUUUUGUCUUGUAGAAGUUAUUUUUAGAUGUGUAUUUUUGUGGGGUCUCGAUGCUAUAUGGUCUUAAUUGGAAGUGUAAGUUUAUAUUUGGUGCUUUGAAUGCACAGUUUAGAGAAAUGAGUAGAAGCUAAAAUGUCCAGUGUGUGCUGUGGGCCUCUAGUUUUAAACCUGAGGGGAAACAGACAACUGAUUCCUUAACAGCGGGGACUCUCUGUCUUCAGCCGGCAUGAAUGUUGAAAACGCAAGGACUGCCUGACCUAGGACCACAAAAUGCCCAAUUUCAUCCCGUGAAAAAGAACGGAGGCUUUAGCACGUGACAGAGAAUGUGCUGCAUUUCUGUGCUAUUCUUCAUCAUCACAGAAUUAUGAAUUAUUGUGAUUUUGAUUUUCAAACAAUCCUUUUUCCUCCAUUGGUAUGACUUUAUGAUUUUUAAGAGAUUUUCCAGUCCAGUUUCUCCACUAUUCAGUGUGAACAGACGCAUGCUGCUUUAUAAGCAGUUAUAAUACCGCCUCUGUGUAACUUAGAGUAGUUCUUUUUUCCAGGUUCUUUAUUCAGUUAAUAAUUAAAAAGUACACAUUCUGGUGCAAGUGCUUCCUCAUUUGACCCUGCCCAAAAAUCCAUCCUUUUCCGUACAACUGCUGAGCCCAGAAAUUUUAAAUAUAUUUACAUCAGAGACAGUUGAACUGGAAUAAAUACUAAAACUAAAUACUAAAUGAUUAAAGAUCUCUAAAGUAAUCUUUACUGCUUUAUUCACAAGCUACAGUGCAAGGUAAAGGCUAAUGUAAAAUGUAAGGAGCACAUAUUAAUGGACCUGCUGGCGUAAUUCUGAUCAUCAGCAUUUACAAUACUAGCAAUAUUAUUUUAUUAUUUUGAUCAAAGGAUUACAAAUAUGAACGUAUAACAUGUAAAUGCAAGUAAUAACAGGAUUGGUUAUAAAGGGAAUAAGGUGUGCCCACCUGACAUUGGUAACUGGUACUAGGAGAAAAAGAAAAUUAAAAAAGAAAUUGAACACCUUCACACUGUAACUUGCAAGACAUCCUUUAAUAUUUAAUUCUACUCGAUUAAACGUUGUUAUGCAAGAUACAGUGUGCAGGAGUUCAACAUGAUUGGUUAUGACAUAUCCAAACUAAAUUUGAUUGGAAUCAUGAAAUCACUACAUACUCCAUUUGAGACUCAUAUUUCAGUUUUCUAGUAGAAAUGUAGUUUUUACAUAAUUUCUACAGGUUGAAUAGAACAGGAGACAAUCCUUUACAUAAAGGACUCUCAUCCUACAGUGUGAGGCCUCUGCACAGUGCUACAGUGUGUCACAUGAUGUGGGCUUGUACAGUGGCCUUGUUUCCUGGGUCUUGCUCUGUCUGACACUACCACAGACACCAGGCUGAAAUCCUUCACCAGAAUGUCCUGGGAAUGCACGGUAAUUGCUGACCUAAGGCACUGGGACUGUUCAUCUAUAUGUGCUGCUAAAACCCAUAAGGCUCUGACAGAGCCCCCAUGAGCAGUGCCCCCUUCCUAAGAGGCCCACAGCACACACAUAUGUUCAGGUAUGCCUGUUUUUCUAUUUUGCUGUUUGAGAUUUCCCAUCUGUGUGCUUUUUUUGGGGUUGUAGUCUUAUUUACUCUAUCUAAUCCAUUAUAGGGUUUUUUUGGUCUGUAGUGUGAACCUUUUUUAUUUGUAUUUUAUUUUGCAUCUUUGUUUAGUUUUAAGAGGGUAUGAAACUGGUUAUGGUUUGUUGUCUGUCACUCUGCUUUCCCACAUGAGUUUUGAGUCUGCAUUUGGUAAUGCAACAGUUUAACAGUGUUUAAUCAGAGACCAGCCCCAAUUACAGCCCGUUCCUCUGGUGAAUCCUGCCACACCUGGUUAUUUAUGCAGAAACAUAAGGGAGAUGCUGGGAUGGUGGGCCACACGGAUGAAUCACCUAAACACGGGCUCUCCUGUUGCUAUUACUUGCUUUCACUUUUCUAGCAUUUCUUUUUAACAGGAGAAAAGCCAGACUCCAAACCUGUGUCAAUGAAGCUGUACACUUAGGAAAUAUCUUCAAAUUCUUCUGGACUUUCAUAUACAAGACUUUUUGUUUCAUUUUGUUUUGCCUUGGCUCAAACUUUCUCCACCAAUUGUUUCUUGUCAUGCAUGGACUUAACAGCAUGAUAUAACACAUUCUGUUCACUUGCUCAGUAGACUACAACACUCAAUGAUUCAAGUUGUUAUGCUGAAAAGUCACAAAAAACACAGGACCAAAGUUUAUGUGCCUUUCAUAAAUCAUGUAAAGAAAAUAUGUCCACCUUACUGUCAUCAGAGAUGUAGAAAUGGAUGGUUCAGUAAUGCAUUGAACACAGUAGUUGUGUUACAUUGUCUAAGACAUCACGUCACUUGAAGGAUGUUUUGCUCAAGACAAAAAGACUUCCUUCAUUAUUUCAGUUUCUGAUUAUGUCCAAGGCUUUGUGUGUCUGCUUCCCUCCAUAAAAACAAGUGAAAAAAGCCAUAAAUUUCCCUGUUAAUACUGUAACAAAGAUCAUAGCGCACAUUUUUCUAUUAUAAUUUAAUUUUCUUUUGAACAACCUGUCAGCUUCACAGGAAGCAGGACUGCAACAGGUCCUUGUUCACAGAAUGUCUAGUUUUGUAAGCAGCGCUUCAGUGGGGUGUAUUGAGCACGUACUGUAUGGUGUUUCCCAACAGAAAGGAACCACUCUAAAUUACUACUCUACCCUGAGUUUAUGAAAAUAUCACAAAGAGCAUUAUAACUGCACAUUGUUUCAAUAAGCAUUAUGCAGCUGUAUCUUUUUUUUAUCUGAUCAACUCGCAUAAUAUAAUUUAAAAAAUAGCUUUAUUUAAAGUAUGUUAAAGAAAUAUACAGAAACCAAAGGAACAUUUCACAAAUUGGAAUAAUAGUUUGUAACAUUUUAAAUGAGCUGUAUAUUAAAUAUAAGUCACUUUUCAGUUGAGAGAACAAGCAUAGACCUUCAGAUUUUCCCAAUGUUUAAUGGUGUGAGACUGUGAUCAUUGCUUUUUGCCUUCCAUCAGUCGACUGUACAGGAGAUGCUGAAUAAGUUAAAUUAACGCGAAUCAAAGGGAGGAUCGGAGUGGUGCAGUAGUGUCUUAGCUGAGGAGACAUUUCCACACUGUUCCAUUUGCAUGUCUUUAUCUACUCAGCUAAUUGGUCAGUUUGCCCCCCGCUCCCUCCCCACCAACAGGAAACAAAUGCUGUAAAUAUAGACCACACCCCACCCCUUGUUUUGUUUUUUUAAAGCCUGGCCAAAAAGGGUUUUGGGAACAAAAUAACUGGUUUUUAUAUUUGAACCAAUGAACAGAAAAACACAAUUUGUCUUGUGUAUUUUGAUAACCCAGUACCAGCUUUCAUUUGUAAAGCAGUUUCUGUGACAUUGCGGGAGAUGGGGGAGAGAAACAAGAGGUUUCUUUUUAUGUUGAGUUUGUAAUAAAAUGCAAAUAGAAGAUGAACUAUUAAAGAAACAUAUUUUCUAAUUUUGCAGUGCAUGGUUGAGUGGAGUUUCUGUAUUUUGUAGAAACCAUUUAUUUUGUUUUGUAUUGCCUAUUUAAUUAUUAUUAUUAUUAUUAUUAUUAUUAUUAUUAUUAUUAUUAUUAUUAUUGUUAAUAAUAGCCAGAUUCUCUGCUUACUUUUCUAACCACCUUUAAUUGUAGCAUGCCUUGAAUAAAUGUUAUGACAUCUGUACUUCCCUCA